AUGGUCAAAAUCAAAAUCGGAGGCGAUGAUGGCACUUCCACGUACACGGUGCUUAGAGGACAACCGACCAAUACAUUGGUGAAAGGAUGGGAAAUGAAGAUUGAAAUUGAUGGGAGUUCCGGAACAGUGAGUGGUUCCAAUAAGAAUGAAGGAUCUAAGGCUAAAAAGACCUAUACCGGAACUUAUCUCAAUAAUCAACUGGAUGUUCGGGUUACUAUCGAUGAUGGACGCAUCAUCACCUACAAGGGUUCCUUUCCUCUGGUCAAUGGAAAUCCAGUGAAGCUCGAUUUUUAUGUGGAACAAGGGGGAGCAGGAAGCGCUUCGGGUGAUAAAGGUGUCAAUAGUGGCAUUUUAGAAAUUAAGUAA